AUGGGUUUCACAUUUGGCAAGAGGGAAGAGCCAGAGCUCAAAGAAGUCUUUGGCCAGCGCAGACCAUCAACAAUCGAAGCUGUCAAUAAUCAGCACCGGAUGUCUGUCUCAAAUCGCGGCUUGACUGGAGCGUCUGCUUUGACAGUUCGCCAAUCGAUCUACCCAAUCACCUUGGUCACCAUCCUUUUCUUCCUCUGGGGUUUCGCCUAUGGCUUGCUCGAUGUGUUGAACGCCAAAUUCCAAACAGCUCUGAACAUUACGGCUGCCAAAGCUGGAGGUCUUCAAGGUGCAUACUUCGGCGCUUACUUCAUUGGUCCAUUGACAUAUUCGGGAUGGCUUGUUCGAAGAUUCGGUUAUCGCUGGACAUUCAUUGCUGGUCUCUGCAUCUACGGUGUUGGAGCUUUGAUGUUCUGGCCAUCAGCAGUUUACAGGUCUUUCCCAGGUUUCUGCGGUUCCCUCUUCAUUGUCGGUUCCGGGCUUUCAACACUCGAGACCUCCGCCAAUCCUUUCAUCGCCACUUGCGGUCCUCCACGUCUUUCUGAGUUCCGUCUCGAAUUGUCUCAAUCCUUCCAGGCUGUCGGUUCCGUCAUUGCUCCUCUUCUCGCUUCCCGUGUUUUCUUUAAGGAGACUGAUGGAAAGGAUUUGAGUAAGGUCCAAUGGACUUAUCUUGGAAUUGCCGCUUUCGUCUUCUUGUUGGCUGUCGUCUUCUACUUCAGCCCAAUUCCUGAAGUGACGGAUGCUGAUAUGGCUCUGCAAGCUGAGCAAUGCUCUGGCCUUACUGGAUUCGUUGACAAGCCAAUGAGAAAACAAUACAAGCUCAUGUUUGGUGUUGCUGCCCAGUUCUGCUAUGUUGGUGCACAAGUCGGUGUUGCAGCCAACUUCAUCAAAUACGCCGAAGAAUCCGCUGGUAUUGCCUCUGCCGCAGCCUCUGAUCGUUAUGCCAUUGGCCAAGCUCUGUUUGCCAUCGGUCGUUUCGCAGCCGCCGGACUCAUGAUGAUUGUCAAGCCCCGACUCGUGCUCAUGGUAUUCAUGACCGCCAUCAUGGUCUUCAUCGCACUCGCAAUGGGCAUCAAGGGCGAAGGUGGUGUAGCCAUGCUCUCCCUCGUACUCUUCUUCGAAUCCUGCAUCUUCCCCACCAUCUUCACCCUCUCCAUCCGUGGUCUCGGUCGUCACACCAAGCGUGGAUCCUCAUGGAUCGUCGCCUCCGUCUGCGGUGGUGCUCUCUUCCCAUCUCUUACUGGUCUCCUCGCCGACAAGAAGGGUUACCACAUUUCCAUGGCCGUCCCACUCAUCGGAUUCUUCGUCGCUUUCGCUUUCCCCAUCUACCUCAACACAGUCUGCCGCAAGGAACUCGACGGUUUCAGCGCUACGAAGAUUGGAUACGUUGAUGGUGAUGGAGUCAUCGGUGAUGUUGUCCGUGACGAGCGUCGUGCUUCUUUGAGACAUGAGGAGAAGGGUGUCAAUCCAAAUGAGCAGCUUGAGGUUUACGAGAUCAACCCAAAGACUGAGUAG